AUGGGAUACCAGGACGAAGGACUGGUCACAGAAGACGGAAGAAGAGGAGGACCCAGUGCGAACCGACGGCUGCGAGACGGGACAUCGACAGCUGAGAGCGGCACAUACACGGAGGGCGACACAGACACGGAUGAAGACUCGCCGCUGAAAUCUACGAAGUACGAAGACGAUGGAUUAAAGCUGGCUGACGGCCUUUAUACAAGCACAGACUGCAGGGAAAUCGGAAUCCUUGUUGGAUCAGACCAGUAUUGGCAAAUAAUGACCGGAGGAAUUCGAAAACUGGAAGAGAAGUUGACAGCAGCAGAGACCAUAUUCGGUUGGACAGUGCAGGGCAAAGACAAGUUAGCUGCAACAUUAAUGAAAAUGUCAACCGUUAUGGUACUUCACGUUGAAGUGGAAAAAUCAGACGUAGAGACAGAACUAAAGUAUUUCUGGGAUAUUGAAACAAUCGGCAUAAAGGGCACCGAGCAAGAUGCAAAGAGAGAAGAUGUGAUGGAGUACUUCAACAGGAACUUGAAGUAUGAAGAGAAGAGAUACUCGGUACGACUUCCAUGGAAAGACAACGUGGAGCUUGAUGAAAACAAGAGUGUAGCAAUGACCAGACUGAAACAGCUCACUCGAAAGUUACGGAAGGACGAAAGUAUAAUGCGGCGUUACGACAGUGCCAUCAGAGAAUAUUUGAAUAGUGGAGUGGAAGAAGUGGCCGAGGACCAAAGUGCACCACUGACACACUGCUACUAUAUGCCGCACCAAGCCGUAAUCAGGGAAGAUCGUCAAACUACAAAAAUAAGAAUAGUAUUUGAUGCAUCCUCAUCGUCCACAAAAGGGUUAUCUUUAAACGACAACCUCGAAACUGGACCGAAUCUUAAUUGCGAUCUUGUGCACAUGCUGAUGAACUUCCGACACCAUCGCACUGCAAUGACAGCUGAUAUUGAAAAGGCAUUCUUACAAACUUUGGUACAUGAGGAAGACAGAGACGCACUACGUUUUCUUUGGUGGGACAGACUUCCGAGUGGAAGCGAUGCAAGAGUUGUAACUUGGCGAAUGUCAAGAGUAACGUUUGGCACUGCUCCGAGUACGUUCCUGCUGGCAGCAACAGUGCAACACCACCUCAGCAAGUUGGAGGAUAAGUUUCCGGAGACCAUUAAGCAGCUGAGGAGCAACAUCUACGUCGACGACGUGAUAAUGGGAGCCGAAUCGCCCGAAGAAGCCGAAAAACUUUACCGGGAGUCAAAAGAAAUCUUCCAAGAGGCGUCGAUGACCCUGAGAAAGUUCAAUACGAAUGAGCCUCGAUUACAACAAACUAUAAAGAAGGAAGAGGAAAAUGCAAGCGUCGGAACUUCCUCCCAAAUAAAGGUUCUUGGCAUCAGAUGGAAUUUCAAGGAAGACAGACUGUACCUACCAUCGUUUGAAAUAAAAGACAUCGAUACAAGCGGUACAUUAACGAAGAGGCAAAUGUUACAGCUCACAGCAAGGAUAUACGAUCCGCUGGGAGUCUUCACUCCAUUCACGGUAACAGCCAAGCGAGAACUACAAAACAUGUGGAGGAAAGGAACGUCUUCGGAUGACGUACUACCAGAUGACGAAACGGAGUUGUGGAGGAAAUGGACUCAAGAGCUGGAAUCUAUUCAAGAGUUCAGUGUGCCAAGAUGGAUUGAUGUGAAACAGAGGAGGAAACCUAUUCAAACGGAACUUCAUUUGUUUUCCGAUGCAAGCCCAUAUGCAUACGGAACAGCAGCCUACUUAGUAAAUGACUACGAGAGUGAAAAAGAGGCUGAUAUACUCAUUGCAAAAGGACGAAUAGCGCCAAUGAAAGAAAUGUCGUUGCCGCGACUCGAGCUGAUGGCUGCAUUGCUGUCGGCACGUCUCUCGGAAUACAUCAGAAGUGGCUUUGUAAGAAAGAUUGACGAAACAAGAUAUUGGACGGACUCGACCAUUGUUCUCAGUUGGUUACAUGGACAGAAAAAGAGGGAUAUCUUUGUAGAAAAUAGGGUGAAGGAGAUAAAGGAGAAAACAAAGCUGUCAGAGUGGAAAUACAUUGCAAGUGAAGAGAACCCCGCUGAUCUCAUGACCAGAGGUGUGAGCGCAAAGAGUUUGAUACAGUCGGAACUAUGGUGGCAUGGUCCAAAGUGGCUUGUUACGGAAAACAGGACUACAGUGAAGACGGAGACGGAAGAAAACGUCGAAAGUAGCGAAUGCUAUGCGACUAACACAUGCGUGCCAAUUCCGGCAGUGAUCGACGCGGAGAAGUAUGGAACGUACAUCCGAUUGCUCAGGCACUGA